AUUAAAGUAUUUUUUGUGAUAUAGUCACAAAGUAUUGGAUUUUACUGUCUUUUUGCUUAGGAUUUAGAUGAAUAUAUUUCUGAAAUAAAAACUGUGAGUGCUCUUACUAUAUUUAAAUUUGGAAAAAUGGUAUUAUUAUCCCAAUAGAAUUUCACAGGUAAAGUAAUUACUGCGUUUUUGAUGUUAAAACCGCAGGAAAUAAGUAAUUUUACCACAAGGAUUAAAUGUUUAGCAGCUGCAGUUACAGGGUGGGGAUGUCGAUCGAAUAGCGCGCAACUGCCGCAACUGCGCAUCGCAUAGUUUCAGUGCACUAUCGACUGCAGAGCAAGGAGGAUGGCGUUCAGAGCCCGGACAAGACUUUUAGUUCAAAAAGCGCGAAAAAAUUUUGAAAUGCAAUAUUAUAAUUCGACGGAAUCGACGCCGACGAAUAUUAAUGAAUUGCCCCUUAUGCCUUACAUUAAGUAUGAAACCACCUCGUAUUUCAACAGCAGUAUUGAAAAUGCUUCUGAUAAGGAAGUUGCUUUAAAAAGGUUGCAAAAUUUUUGUAAUGGACCCAUGACAGUAAUAGAAGAUACUGAAAAAAAAUUGGUCAAUGAAUAUGAUAUUUCUGAGGAAGAUAAUACCGAGUUUGAUAUUGAAGCAUUAUAUAGUCCUUGCGAUGACAGUGACGCCGAUAAAAACUACCAGCCUAGCGGCAGCAGUAGCGAAUCAGAAAAGGAAGAAGAAACACAAAAAAGGAGUAACAAAAAGAGGAAAAUUUUGUCCGAACUAGUAAGAAUAGAUGCAUCUGAAAAUGUGGAAGACGAGGGUAAUGUCAAUAAUAAUAGUUCUGGAGGAAAUAGAGAUAAGGAAAAUGAAACCACAAAAAGGUUUUCAAUGAUCGAGAAAUCUUAUCAGUUAGAAUCUACAGAAAAUAAUAUGCCUGGAACCAGUGGAACCAGCACCAAAAAGAAAAAAUGUCGUCGUACAGAGCAAGAAAAAGUUGAACAUGGUAAAUUAAAACAUCCGAUGAGAAAUCUGUGUUCAGGAAAAUGUAAAAGGGAUUGUACCAAGUUAUCAGAUGAGGAUAGAAAUAAGAUAUGGGAUCACUACUGGAAUUUAAACUAUACAAGUAGAAGAAAGUGGUUAAGCAAACAUGUUUCACUUGUUUCUGUUAAGCGUAGGAUAUUGUCAGCAUCUAGAAAUAGAUCAGAGUCCAGACGAUUUUCUUUGCCUCUUGCUGAUUCGAAAGACGUUCAAGUUUGUCGACUUACAUUUCUAAAUACCCUAGGAUACACCAACGAUUCUGUAAUAACUGAACUGGUGCGAGCUAUUAAAAAGAAACCCUGUGGAGAAAUGGUAAAAGAAUGUAGGGGAAACCAUAAAAAAGCAAUUGACCCAACAUUCAUUAAAGCCCAUAUUGAAUCAUUUCACCCAUUUGUCAGUCACUAUCGCCGAAAAAAUGCACCACUACGUAGAUACCUGUCGAGGGAAUUAACUAUUGAUAAACUGUACAAUGAUUUCAAUGAAAAGAAUCCUAAUACAUGUAAAGUUGAGACUUACAGAAAAGUUCUAAAAGAUAUGAAUAUAUCCAUGUGUCCUCCUAAAUCCGAUGUAUGUGAAGAGUGUGAGACAAUGGAAAAUGAUGAUGAUGAUCAAGUGAGGCAAAAACUACAUACACAUAAACUAAGAGCUGCAAAGGCUACUUCACAAUAUAAGAAAGAUGCAGAAGAGGCAUCUACUUCUGAAAAUGCUACGUUGAAACGUACAUUUUCAAUGGACUUACAAAAAGUUAUGCUCCUACCCAUAAUGCCUGCUUGUAAAAGCUCUUUUUUUAUUAGCAGGCUAGUAAUAUUUAAUGAGACUUUUGCAACAUUAAAUAAGGAGAGCCGCAAAAAAAGUUAUUGCGUUUUAUGGCAUGAGGCUCUUGCCGGCAGAAAGGCAGAGGCGAUUGCUGAUUCGAUUUUAAAAUUAAUGAAUCAAGAAAGGGAUGCGACCGAAUUUCUGUUUUGGGCAGAUAACUGUACAGCCCAAAACAAAAAUUGGGUGUUAUUUACAACUCUUGUAAAUGCAGUUAAUUUACCAACUGGCCCAAAUAAGAUAACAAUUAGAUACCUCACCAAAGGUCACACCCAUAUGAGCGCAGACGGAAUACAUGGAAAUAUAGAAAGAAAAAUAGGGCGGAAACGAACAAUUACUGACUUUCAGGAGCUCGUAGAAGUUAUUCAGGCAUGCAGGAAAAAUGUCGAUGUCCUUCAACUAACCGAAUUUCAUUUAUGGCAAAAUAAAAAGAGAAUCACAAGGAAGCCGGAUGACCCAUUGAAAGGGUUUCUUAUAGGUGAGCUGGUUGAAGUAACUUUUUGUAAAGGAAGUAGAAACAUAAAAUAUAAGCUAGAUUUUGGAGGCGAAGAGAAAGAGUUAGAUUUUCUACAAAAAAAAGUUAAUUUACCUAUUGUUCCUGAAAUUUUACCAGCAAGAGGAAUUUCCGCUUCUAAAAAAGAAAAAAUUUGUAAAGUUUUGGUUCCUUUAAUGCCUUUAAAUCGAAGAAUAUUUUGGGAAUCUCUUCCAGAGUCUCAAGGGUCUUUAGAUUUACUGAAUGCCGAACAAAACAUUGAAAGCCCGCAGGAUGAUUCGUAAGGAAAUUUAAUUUUCAUUCUGUUUUUUAUAUACCUCUUUUCUUUUACUUCCCUAUUGAAAAAAAUCGUCAGCAUCGUUUACGAUUUUUCUACAUCUUCUUUUCUUUUUUCUGGUAGAAGUUCCUUUUUAGUUGUAAUUUAAGAAGUUUUCUUAAUAUAUCUAUAUGUGUUUAAAAUGUCUUUUAUUUCACAUCAUGCAAAAAAAAAAACAGUAACUACCAAAAAGUUAAACAAACACCAAAAAGUUCACCAGGGUAUAACACAGUAAAUGUAUUCACUGUGUUUUGUCAUUGAGACUUUUAUUCAUUUAUAUUUAGUAAGAUAUCUUACUGUGUUAUUCACAGAUUUUUUCUAAAAAUACUAUAUUACUUUCCAUGGCGAAUCAAAGUUUACUCAUCUUUUCAGAAAACGUUGGGAAUAUAGGUUUUUAGAUAAUAUAGAAGCAAGUGUUAACUAAUUGUAUUGAUCUUGUCCAAAAUUGAAAGUGUUAUGACCAUUCGUUUUGACAGGCUAAUUAAUUUUACAAAAGUUCAAUUUUCUUGAAAUAAAAAUCUGAGCGGUUACUGUGUUUCUGCCUGGGACAGCCGGGCUGUUAGGGCUCUGCAGUCUGUCCUUAUGGUGAACCUGGCGUUACAGAGAUAAUAGAAAAAUUUAUUUACCGUAAAGUAUACGGCCAACGCCUCUUUUUCCAAUGAAGUUGUCUUGAGCUCGGCUGGCAUGAGAGUUCUUGACACGCACGCCACGGUUCUUUCUUCGCCGUUCUUAAUCUGGCUCAAAACUCCAGCUACGCCUUUGUCCGACGCAUCUGUUGUUAUCACUAUAGGCAGUUUGGGGUCAAAGUGUAGCAGACAAGUGUCUGAGGCGAUAAUGGAUUUAAUUUUCUGAAACGCCCGUUCGCAUUCUCCUGACCAGUGGAAAUUUGUAUCUUUUUUGAGUAGCUUAUAAAUUGGGUGUAAUAUCUGAGCUGCGUUUGGGAUGAAACGGUGGUAAUAAUUCACUAGUCCUGUAAAAGCUCUUACCUCAGUGAUGUUUGAAGGGCGUUUCGUCUUGGUUAUUGCUGCAAUCUUGUCCUCAGUCUUUCUUAAUCCAUUUUUGGAAAUCUUGAACCCCAAAUAUUCUACCUCUUCCUUGAAAAAUUGGCAUUUCUCUGCCCUCACUGUUAAGCCCGCCUCCUGCAACCUUUGAAAAACCUGCUCCAGUCUUUGGAGGUGCAACUGCUCAGACUCGGCCGUCACCAAAAUGUCAUCCAAAAACGGUUGGACCCCUUCCAUAUUUUUGAAAAUUGUCUCCAUCUCCCUCUGGAAUAAGCUUCCGGCGCAAGUGAUUCCAAAUGGAAGCCUUUUGAUUGCGUACAGACCUCGGUGGGUGUUCCAGCAUAAUAACUGGCUUGUCUUCUUGUCCACUGGGAACUGCAUGUAAGCUAGCUGCAAAUCAAUUUUUGAAAAUUUAUCACCCUUGCUUACUUUGUCCCAAAUCUCGUCGAUUCUCGGGAGAGGGUACAGCUGGUCCUCCAGAACUGGGUUAAGGGUUAUUUUGUAAUCUGAGCAUAGUCUGAGCUUACCGUUGGACUUUAAAACGGGAACUAUGGGAGUUGCCCAAUUGCUGGCGUUUAUCGGCUCUAUAACGCCCAUGUUCUCCAAAGCGUCGAGUUCUUCCUCUACCUUUUGACGGUAGGCCAGGGGAAUGGACCUGUGUUUGCAGAACACUGGGGCGGAGUUCGGCUUUACAUUUAAGGAAAUUUUUUUAAAUUUAUAUUCACCCAAAUUAUCUGUAAACACUGAAGGAAAUUUCUUGAUUAAAUUUGAAAUUCUUUCGUUUAAUGCGAUUUGAUUAACUAACUCUAUUUUUACUUGGAAGGUGCCAAUCCAGUCACGACCAAGAAUGUCUGCUGAUCCGUUGGAAACGACGUAAAAUUUGACGGGCCUGGAAAUGCCGUUGUACUUAACAGUCACCUCAAAGUAUCCGUCCGGAGUGAAUGUGCUCCCAUCGUAUCCCCUCAACAGCAAAGAGUCUCUUUUUAAC